AUGGACACUGCAAGCAUCUACGACCGCCUCACCAACUCCGACUCCUGGUACACACGCCCCAUUCCCCAAUCCCUCCUUGACAAGCCCGUAACAUCCAUCCGCUUCAUCGGUCACCUCAACCCGCAGAACGAGGGCGGCGAUCUCGGUGAACCGCCGACGAAUCACUGGACUAUGUCUCUCAUCAUCAGCGAGGAAGAGUCGCUGAACUUUGAUAUCUUGCCGCCAGAUGUCGAUAAGCCGGCGGUCACCAUGGUCACCCAGGUCAACAAAGAUAGCGAAUGGAAGCCGGAGAGCGACUCUGUGCGGAUCGUGAGCGCAGAUGUGGCGAGCCACGGUGGCGUGACGAUUGGUGGGAUCUUGGGUUUGAUUAUGAGCUUGAAUCGCGACCGGUAUCGGUAUCACAAAUCGGGCGAGGGUUGUCGCUUUUGGAUGAAGACUAUCUCUGGUGACUUCGCCAAUGCUGGGAUCAUCUCUGCCGACAAGGCAGAAGAGGUUGGGAGCGAUGUCGAGCACUACUGGCCGGACCCUGCGACAGAUAUGCAGAAAGUCGUACGCCCGAUCAGUGCAGGGCAGUUUCUUGCGUAG